AUGACAUUUCUAUCAAUUUCCAGGACAAUGGAUCUGACCAUCGAUUUGCUUAUCUUCUCUGGUCUUGAGUCACUGGGAGUAUUAGCUAUUAUUGGCAACAUUUCAUUGAUAUACGUACUCAUUCGCAUCAAAUAUCUCAACAGAGCAAGUUUCAUCCUCAUCUUCAAUCUUGCGGUCGCUGAUGUCAUGCAUGGAAUCGUAACAACAUGCUACUUCUAUCCACCAAUAAUCUUGAAACGAAUUCAUGUGGGAGAGCUGAUCGUUCGGCUCUUUAACAUUGUCGAUUGGACUGCCUGGGCCAUAACGCUUACACACAUGUCUGCAAUUUGCGUUGAUCGACUGAUAGCAAUAAUGUUGUUCGAUAGAUACAGUCUUCUAAUUACGACUCCACGAAUGAGAAAUUACAGCAUAAUUUGUUGGAUAAUUUUCCUCGGAGCGAAUAUGACAUUUUUUACGCUCGAUCAAUGCUGUAUGAUUCGUCCACUGAAGUCACAAAGUUACUACAGUUUCGGAUACCUUGAGAAAGUGCUGAACGUCUAUAUAAUAACAUACACUCCAUUAGAAAUCAUAACAAUAAUCAUACUUUCGAUAAGUAAUCCCACAACGCUCAUUCAACUUUAUCGAAGGCACCGACGGAAAAUUGCGAUGAAUCAUUCUGAUUUUGUUGUUGACACCGUGUUAUGUUCUUUCGAAUAUUAUAGCUACACCAGUUUUAGAGUAAGCACAAUGCUAUUGGAAAUGUCCAUGAGAAUAAGCAGUAAAUCUUUUGCUGUGUCACAGGUUGCAGAGCUUUCAUCGAGGAGGGCUGCUCGACAGCAGCAACGAAUUCUCCUCCAGGUGAGUCGGAAUACAACUUUACUGGACGCUGUUCACUUUUUCCUCACUUUUUCCAGCGUUGGAAAUUCAGAUAUCUGUGGUUGCUAUUAUAUUUUACGGGUACAUGACCGCUUAUUACGUUUCCUACUACAGUCGAUAUUUUCGUUCCUCGGCUGCAACGGUGUUCAACAGUUUUUUUUAUUCUACAACGCACAUGAUAAAUCCUGUUAUAUACUUUUACUUCAACAAAGAGAUGAGGGCUCAACUGAGGUAGUUUUCUGA